AUGUCUGAAGAGAUGGACCUUGCCAGAAAACAAGAACAAGACCAAGCAAUAUUUCAGGAUGAUGAAUUCAAGAUUUACCCAAUGAACUUCCUGAACGAUAGGAUCCUGAAGGGAACCUUCUGGUGUGACUACAAACCGUGGACUGAUCUGACCAAUUUGGUCGAGAUGUACGUCAAGAAGGACUACGGUUGCCCAGACAAAGCAAAAAGUGAGCAGCUGGCAGCUCCGUCCAAGAGAGGAGAUUCAGGACACAGUAAAGAAGAUGGAACCCAUAAUGUCAAUGAAGGUCAUGAUGUUUCGUCCAAAGCAACCAUUGGUAGCCAAAAAGUUGGAGACAGUCCUCCACUCAGGCAAAGAGAUCGUUCUUUUGACAUGGCACUUCCUUGCAACAGGACUGACACUGGAGCAAUCGAUCGUGUUAAGGAGGACAAGAGCUUGGACGAAGGGAAAAAAUUGCAAGAAAAGCAAGAAAGAACCCCAAUUCUAGAGAAGAGCGUGAAUAGUUGGACAGGAAGAUGGUGCCAGGGUGGCACCCUGUUUACCAUGAAGACCCAGGCCAGGGAAGGCAAGCAACAAAGCCUGGCCGGUCAUCCGAAGAACUUGAAGUUUGAUUGA